AUGACGUUUUCCAUGGUUACUUGCACUAUCGACAAACGGAAGCUGGACAAUAUUUGCCGCCUCUGCCUGACGGACGUCCCAGAAGCCGGUCACUUGCAGCCGAUCUUCCCUGUACGAGGCGGGAAAAUUACCAACCCGUCAGCAGUCGUCAACAAGAUACGCCAGUGCACCUCGCUAAAAUUGGAACCCGGAAUCAGUGGCCCACAAUCGAUAUGCGAGCUGUGCAGCGUCCGGCUGGAGGACUGGUACGCGUUCCGCGAGCAAUGCCUCGGCACGGACGAAUACCUGAGGGCCGGUUUGAUGGGCUCGACGAAAGGAUUGGCCGAUGAGCAGCCAGUGGCAGGGUUCCAACUAUCGUUCAACGAACCGGCCACCGAGUCCGCACCACCAUCGUCGUUCUACGCUACCAGUGCUUCGCUUAGUAUGGCCAUGCGUCGCAAGAGCACCUUCGAGUAUGCGAUCCCCGAAACGGGCAAUGAGAUGACGGAGGACUGUGACACGGGGGCGGACAACGGUGCAAUUAACCAUUCAUUCGAAUCCGAACCUGUCUCGUCGCUGCGGUCAUCUCCGGCAGCCCUAUCACAGAGCGAUUGGAUGAGUGAGUACCGCGCAUGCGUCGAGGCCCAAAGCGCGGGGGAAUCCAGUGCGCGGCCACACAAGUGCAUGCUCUGCAAGAAGCAGUUCAAGCUGAAGAUGAAUCUGCGGCGCCACAUCCGGUACAAUCACAACGCCGAAAUGGGCGACAGCUAUAGUGCGGCACUCGAGUCACACUCCGUUGAAGGAGCGACGACGAAUGGGCCGGAUGCUGCACAACAAAGUUCAGCACCACCGGCCACACUGCUGGUCGCUAAGCAUACCUGUGAAGUGUGCUCCCGUACCUUUAAGAUGGCAGCCCACUUGGCCAUGCACAAGAAGACACAUCAGUCGCUGGACACCGAACGGACGAAGUGCCAGAAGUCCGACACCGUUGCGCCGCAGAUCGAUGGCCGCAGCAGCAGAAGCGGACGGAAAACCGACAUCGAACCGAGCGACAUUAUCCAGCUGUCGGAUGACGACGAAGAUGACCACCACAGGGACAACAGGGCACAGGAAGAUGCGACUGACGGUGGUGCUGGGAACGGACAUCAAGUAAACGACGAUGAGCUGGACGAUGGGUUCGACGAGGAGGAGGGCAGCCUCAAAAGCUCGGACACAAAGAAUGGCGACAUGUCGAUGGCCACCGACCCAUCCUCGUUGGCGAUCGUCGAGAUCGGGGCGGAUGAUGAAGAGGAUGAAACGGCCACCCGGAAUGGUGACGGGGCGAGGUCCGUGUCAGGAACGGGAGUAACGCCACCACCACCACGGCUGUCACCGCCGGUUCUGGUGCUAUCAUCGCGUCCUGGGCCACUGUCGUCUAAACGAAGGUACAUCACCACCACGACGGGCGAAGCGGCCGGAAUGCUUGUCUCCUCUGCCAAAAGGGCCACCCCUAGCAUCAGUCCCACACCGCCCGUCAACUGUCGGCAAUCGAUUCCUGGGCCAGUGCCGAAGGCCGCCACACCGUUCCGAUGCCUGUUCUGCCAAGAAACGUUCCCGCGGGAGGAUGCGAUGCGUGCCCAUAUGAAAACGCACCAGAACGAUGCGGCCGUUCCGUUCCGGUGCCCGGUCUGCCGCAAGGGCUUCCGGUACCGGCAAAACUACAUCAUACACGUGGAAAACCAAACGUGCCGUAAUGCGGCAAUGGUGGCGGCAGCGGCAGCAGUGUUGGCUCCGUCGACAGAGUCGCCGAAUGUGCAGUCGACGACGAAAACAUUCCCACGGAUGGUGGCCAAAAAGCGCGCCUGGUAGUCACCGAGAGUUCCCGCGAAAAAGGCGAAUCCGUUUGCUCGAAGAUUAGUUUCUAGACGUACCGUGCCAUACUCACGCCUCCGUGCGACGUUCCCCGACUCGGUGCGCGGUGUCACCUUGAGACUCAAAACAUGAGACUGUAGUAUGGUUGGCCAAUUUCCCUGCGCGGCAUCUAUACGCA